AUGCAAUUGAAUGGCUCCCGUUUAGGAGCCUUCAUUCUCCUUCUACUCCAAAGUCUGCAGCUCGUACAGGCACUGAAUUUCCUCGAAGCCACCGGGCUGACAAAAUGUUCCGACAGUGCCGAGGUGACCGUGAACAACUUUCGCGCGGUAUUCACACCAGGUAAUAAGUCUAUAAGCCUGGACUUCGAUGGCUACUCCGAAGUCGCCGGCGAUGUCCUGAUUGACGUGGAACUCUUGGUCUAUGGGUACAAAGCGCUCGUGAAAACCUUCGACCCGUGCAGUCUGGAUUUGUCAGUAUUCUGUCCUAUGAAGGCCAUCGAACUGGAAAUCCCCACGAUCUCUGAGCUUCUCGGGGACAACGUUGUCUCGCAAAUCCCGUCGAUCGCCUACAGUGUCCCCGAUAUCGACGCUCUGGUCCGUCUGAAGCUCAAGUACAAAUCUGGAGGGAAACAAAUCACCUGUUUGGAGACCCGUAUCCGUAAUGGGAAAUCCAUCUACCAGGCUGGUGUGGCGUGGGCGCUCGCCGUCAUAACCGGCCUGGGUCUCGUCACCUCCACGGUUAUAACGCUCCUCGGGCAUUCCAAUACGGCUACGCAUCUCGCUUUCCGGUCGCUUGCCUUCCUCGGAUUCAUUCAAGCACAGGCAAUGGUUGGUAUGACUUCAGUGAAACUGCCACCCUUUGUGCAGGCAUGGACACAGAAUAUGCAAUGGAGCUUGGGAAUUGUGAAGGCAGACGCUCUUCAAACGAUUGCGACAUGGUUCCAACGUGCUACGGGAGGUACACCUUCGAAUGUGAUAACAAGAUCAAAUUCUGUGUCUGUCGUUCUACAGAAGCGUUCGGGGCUUUUCCGUCGAGCCGCAGAGAACGGGGGUCAGAUUCUGCUUCGCGGCAUCGAACGCGUCGGAAUACGUGAAGGUAUCGAACCGAGUAACAUUUUCAUGACCGGAUAUUUAUUCUAUUACUUCGUCACUGCGGUCAUCAUCAUUUGCGUUGCGCUGUUCCUGGCAGUCCGAAUGCUUCUGACUAAGAAGGAGACCCAGCUCCCAAAACUGAAUCGCGCCAUUAGCGUUACUGCAGACUGGAAAACCAUUCUCCGCAGUACUUUCUUCCGGUUAGCGUGCAUUGGAUAUCCACAGAUGUGCGUCUUGUGCCUCUGGGAAUUGCCUCGUCGGGACUCGGCCGCGGAAUUCGUGCUGGCCAUCACCAUGUGGCUUGUGACGACUGCCGUCUUGAUCUUUGCCGCAUUUAAGGUGUUCCAGCGCGCUAUCCGAUCGAAGCAGCAACACAACACGGCCGCGUACACUCUCUAUUCCGACCCUGCGACUCUGAACCAGUGGGGCUUCCUAUACAUCUACUACCGUGCUCCGGUCUUCUAUUUCCUCGUCCCCGCUCUGGUCUAUACCAUUGCCAAGGGAAUGGUCAUCGCCUUCGCUCAACCAUCACCAGUCGCACAGUCAAUUGUUUUGCUCGUUCUGGAACUCUUGAUGAUGCUCGGAACCGGCAUUAUCAAGCCAUUCAUGAGCAAGGGGGCAAAUGUCGUUGCCAUCACAGCGACAGUGCUCAACUCCCUCAACACGAUCUUCAUUCUGGUUUUCUCAGAUAUCUUCGACCAACCCGAUCUCAUGACCGGUGUUCUGGGCGUCAUCUUCUUCAUCUUCAACGCGAUCUUUACGCUCGUGCUUCUUAUCUAUCUGUUGAUAAGCAUGGUUUACGCCAUCUUCCUGAAGAAGCCUGAUACCAAGUACCGACCACUCGGCGAUGACCGCGACUCUUUCCGCUGGUCUCGCACCGACACGACAACUGAGUUAUCGUCCCUCGAGAAGGUCGCAAGAGGCGAGGAAGACGCAGACGGGCAUCUCAUGCCUCCACGCGUGGCUACUGCUCCGCCUAGUGAUGAAGACGUGUCAACGGCAGCCAGAAGACCGUAUAAUGAUGUUGUGGAUCCUUCACUGCCACUCUUCCCUCCCAGUUAUGAUAAUACCCGACGACAAUCGUGA